GCUAUGUAUCAUUUCGUUCAAACAAUGAUGCGUGACGCUCAAAAUUUUCCUGUUCAAUCACCGCUCCGAGCCAAAACCUUGCAAGCGCCUUCACUCCAUUCGGCAUGGAGACCGGCAGCCGUAACUCGUAAGCAUAUAAAUUGAAGGGAAGCAGGUGAGUUUUCUUCUUCUCUAUGUUUGUGAUGUAUUAAUUCCGGUCUCACCACUGCGACAAGCCUUCUUCUUUAGGUUAAAGGCCUUCUUUUUCGUUGAAAUGGUUCUCAAACCAUUAUUCAAGCCUCAUCUCCACCCCCAUCUACCAUCCCAGUCUCUAUACCUCUGCUUCAAUCUCUUCUCCUCUUCAAUACCAAUUCCCAUUUCGCCGAAUGACUUAGAAACGCAACUCAGGUCCCUCUGUCAAAAGCCCAACUCCCAAUUCACCGAAGCCGUCUCGCUUUUCCACUCUGCACUCGAUUUCAACCUUUUGCCUUCAUGGGCAACCUGCAAUUUCCUUGUUGAUGCACUAGCAAGGUCGAGAAACUAUGGAUUGGCUUUUUCGGUUUACAGGAGGAUGACCCAUGUUGAUGUUUUGCCUAGUUUUGGGUCAUUGAGUGCUUUAAUUGAAUGUUUUGCGGAUGCCCAGAAGCCCCAAUUAGGAUUUGGGGUUGUGGGGUUGGUAUUAAAGCGUGGCUUUACUGUCAAUGUGUUCAUUAUGAAUAUUGUCUUGAAGGGUUUGUGUCGAAAUGGUGGGGUUUUUGAGGCCAUGGGGCUCAUUCGUGAAAUGGGAAGAAAAAGUGUCUCGCCUGACAUUGUUAGUUAUAACACGCUCAUAAAUGGACUUUGCAAGGCGAAGAAAUUGAAAGAAGCAGUUGGUUUGUUGCUUGAAAUGGAGGCGGCAGGGUGUUUUCCUAAUUCAGUUACAUACACCACUUUAAUGGAUGGUCUUUGUAAGGAUGGUAGAAUGGAUGAAGCCAUGGAAUUGUUGGAGGCGAUGAAGAAGAAGGGUUUUGAUGUGGAUGUUGUUUUGUAUAGUACUCUUAUAAGUGGUUUUUGCAAUAACGGAAAUCUUGAUAGGGGGAAAGAGCUUUUUGAUGAGAUGUUGGGAAAAGGAAUUUCAGCUAAUGUGGUAACUUAUAGUUGUUUGGUGCAUGGUCUGUGUAGGGUGGGACAAUGGAAAGAAGCCAACACCAUGCUGAAUGCUAUGGCAGAACAUGGGAUCCAUCCUGAUGUUGUUACUUAUACAGGUUUAAUUGAUGGGCUUUGUAAAGAUGGAAGAGCUAAAAAUGCUAUGGACCUAUUGAAUUUAAUGGUAGAGAAGGGUGAAGAGCCUAGUAAUGUAACAUAUAAUGUUCUACUUAGUGGACUGUGUAAGGAAGGCCUGGUGAUUGAUGCUUUUAAAAUUUUAAGAAUGAUGAUUGAAAAGGGGAAGAAGGCUGAUGUGGUUACUUACAAUACAUUGAUGAAGGGACUUUGUGAUAAAGGGAAGGUUGAUGAGGCUUUAAAGCUUUUCAAUUCGAUGUUCGAUAAUGAGAACUGUCUUGAGCCAAAUGUAUUUACAUUUAACAUGCUAAUUGGUGGGUUAUGCAAGGAAGGUCAUCUAGCAAGGGCUGUAAAGAUUCAUCGCAAGAUGGUCAAGAAGGGAAGCUGUGGUAAUUUGGUAACUUACAAUAUGCUACUUGGGGGGUGUUUAAAGGCAGGGAAGAUCAAAGAAGCUAUGGAACUUUGGAAACAAGUGCUUGACUUGGGAUUUGUUCCAAACUCAUUUACUUACAGUAUCCUUAUCGAUGGCUUCUGUAAAAUGCGGAUGCUUAACAUUGCAAAGGGACUUUUUUGUGAAAUGAGAACUCAUGGGCUUAACCCUGCAUUGUUUGACUAUAACACAUUGAUGGCCUCCUUGUGCAAGGAGGGUAGUUUGGAGCAAGCGAAGAGUUUGUUUCAAGAGAUGAGGAAUGCAAAUUGUGAACCAGAUAUCAUUUCAUUUAAUACAAUGAUUGAUGGAACCCUAAAAGCAGGUGAUUUUCAAUUUGUCAAAGAAUUACAAACGGAGAUGGUCGAAAUGGGUUUGAGACCAGAUGCUUUGACCUUUUCAACACUAAUAAAUAGGCUGUCCAAAUUAGGAGAGUUGGAUGAGGCUAAAAGUGCUUUGGAAAGAAUGGUUGCUUCUGGAUUUACACCUGAUGCCUUGGUGUAUGAUUCUUUACUGAAAGGAUUGAGUUCAAAAGGUGACACCAUGGAAAUCAUCAAUUUGCUUCAUCAAAUGGCGGCCAAGGGAAUUGUUCUUGACCGAAAAAUAGUUUCUACUAUCUUGACGUGUCUCUGUCAUAGCAUCCAAGAAGUUGAUGUAAUGGAGCUUUUACCAACCUUUUUUCAAGGAACGUCAGAAGGAGCAAGCAUAUCGUGCAAUGAAUUGCUGAUGCAACUCCAUAAGUCUCAUCCCAAGCUUCAAUUACAUCCUUUUUAGUGGUUUCAUUUGAAGAAAUGCAUAUUCAGCUGCCAUGACACCUCUUGAUUUUCCUUUCUUGAGACACUGCAAAACACAUCAACUUUCAUUGUGAUUCCAGAAUAAGAUGGUCAGUAGCUUCCUGUCAUGUCUAUUGCUUUAGCUGCUGUAGCUGGAUGUGAAGUACUGAAAGAGGAAAGUGGAGUUUCUGGAGCCCCUGAUACUGGGAGGAAGAAAGUCCCAUCCCAAAAGAGAGAGAGAGGAGUUUCUCUUGCAAGCUUUUUGUUAAGGUGGGGAAACAAUUUUUGCAAGAUCUUUUCAAAAUAAUUUUAUAUGUUUCAUUAGUUAUUAUUUUAUUAUUUAUUGAAUGUAAUAUACAUACAAUAGCACUCUUGAUUACAGAAGAACAAAAGAGAUUUAACAAUAUCAAUUUGGUCUCUUUAGUAAAUCAUUUCAUAGUUCAUUA